CGCCUAGCCCAAUCUAACGCGCAUGCGUACUGAGCUCCGCCCGGCCUGUCGCAAGCAACGAGCAUUUCGAAGAAGAGAGUUCGUUAAGAAUAGCCUAUAAUAACGUUUAUUUUUUCUUCCUGCGUUUUCACAACAAGCCGAAACCAUGUCGGGAGACGAGAUGAUAUUUGAUCCCACUAUGACCAAGAAGAAGAAGAAAAAGAAGAAGCCUUUCAUGCUGGAAGAAGAAGGUGGAGAGGGAGAUGAAGGCCAACAGGUAGAAACGAAAGAGACAGAGGCUGAAGUGCCUGAGGAGAAAGAGUUCGAUCUUGAUGAAGAUGAGGGGAGGAAGAAAGAAACAUCAGAUGACCUGGAUGACUUAAACUUCUUCAACCAGAAGAAAAAGAAAAAGAAGUCUAAAAAAGACAAGAUUUUUGACGCCGAUCUUGAAGAAGGAAUGAAGGAGCUGAAGAUCGAAACGGAGCCGUCAGAGACACAAGAGGAAGAUGACUUAAUGCUGCCUGCUAAGAAGAAGAAAUCACGAAAAGGCAAAGAGGACACAGACAGUCAAAGCAAAGAUGACGGUGUCGAAGAUGAAGACAGUAAAAACAUGGAUGACAUCACAUUCAGCACACAGACGGGCCCUGCCUGGGCAGGAUCAGAGAGAGAUUACACAUAUGAUGAGCUUUUAAAUAGAGUCUUUAACAUCAUGCGGGAAAAAAAUCCGGACAUGGUGGCGGGAGAGAAGAGAAAGUUUGUGAUGAAGCCUCCUCAGGUUGUCAGGGUCGGCACAAAGAAGACCUCCUUCGUAAACUUCACAGACAUCUGCAAACUGUUGCAUCGACAGCCAAAACAUCUUUUGGCUUUUUUGCUGGCUGAGUUGGGCACAAGCGGGUCCAUAGAUGGAAACAAUCAGCUCGUCAUCAAAGGCAGAUUCCAGCAGAAACAGAUAGAGAAUGUCUUAAGAAGAUAUAUAAAGGAGUACGUGACGUGCCACACAUGUCGAUCUCCUGACACAAUCUUGCAGAAGGACACACGUCUGUAUUUCUUGCAGUGUGAGACGUGUCACUCCCGAUGCUCCGUCGCCAGCAUCAAGACCGGAUUCCAGGCCGUGACGGGCAAGAGAGCGCAGCUGCGUGCCAAAGCCAACUAACGCCUGUCCCUCCAUCAUCACACACCUUACACGGCCCAUCUGUACACCUGUACUCCACCACCAAACUCAACAAAUCCACUCACGCAGCUUAUUACCCAAUCUGUUCAGGAAGUCUGAAAUGUAGAACUGAGUUUUCGGCCAUCUCAAAUGCAUCAUUUAGUUUUCUUCUGAUUUUUGGAGCUCUGAAAUCGCCUAUGCACACGAAGGGAGUGUUGAUUUGUUCAGUAUGGCUGUGGAGCCUGGAGGAUUUCAUGAAUGAACUGUUGGUGAAAUUUGUCGUUGCUGUAUUACCUUCAGAAAGAUAAUUGAAAUAAAAUGCAUACCAGCUGGGCAAACACGUGCAGUGAAUGUUUCUGGGAGGACAUAUUGCUUACAUUUCAAGAGUUUAGUGUGAUUAAGAAAGGAGCAGUAAUUGGCCUAAAAUGUUCUGUGUGAUUAUGUGAACAGACGCUAAUAUUUCCGCUGUUUUCUGUGCUUUAAAAGAAGGAUGAAUGUUGAUUGAACAUUUCUUGGAAGAACAGGAAGAGUGUUUUUUUUUAUUAAUAAGAAAAAUGCAUCUACUUUGUACCUUUUAAUAAUUGAAACUAAUUAUUUUUCUCAUUCUCUAGAUUCAAUGUUUUUUUUUCCUUGCAACUGAGGAAAGUGAUCUCAUCUCAAAGUGUGGAUUAAAAUGCAAACUGAAAAGAA